CAGUGUCCAAAUAUAGUAGUACACUUCAAUCAAUAGAGCAAUCCUGAAAUGGUGAUUAAAUUUCACUUUCAGACAGCAAACAGAAAUGAAUGGGGGGAAUUACUUGCGUAAAUACCUGAAGCUCUGGCUGAGUUAUUAUAGGGCUCUUCUUCUAUGAUUGAACUAAUAGGAAUCUGAAUCCCAUUCCCAUCAAAACUCUAUCUCCAAACUCCAACAGUCUCCUCCUCAUUCACUUCUCUUUCAGUCACUGCUUUACCACCAUACCACAACAGACCUGAUCCUCAGCGAUUUUAGCAACCCAAAAAUUUCAGCUUAUCCAAAACACUUCAAUGGGGUUUAACCAUCUUUCCCACUGGAGCAUAAAGUUAACAUCUUUCAUUUCAUAAGGGAAUCAAUCCAUAAUUUCAGAUAUGGAGUUUAAAGACGGUCUGAUGAGAUUAGUAGUCCACAAAUCCAAAGAAACCAAUUGCGUUUACGACACCGGAGAUAGAUUAACAGAGAUAAUAAGCUCUGCUCGGAGCCCAAGCCGGAGAUGGAAGCUGUUUCACAGGUCCUCAUCUGCAAUUCCAUCAAAGCCUUCAAAGCCUCAAAUCCCAAGAGAGUUCAUUUGCCCCAUUUCCGGGUCAUUAAUGGGCGACCCGGUUAUAGUUUCCUCGGGUCACACCUUCGAACGCGUCUGCGUCCAAGUCUGCAAAGCCCUCAACUUCACCCCUAAUCUCGUGGACUCGCCCCCACCUGAUCUCACCUCCGUCAUCCCCAACCUCGCCCUCAAGUCCACCAUCCUCAACUGGUGUCAAAAUUACUCGAUUGCCCCUCCCAAGCCACUUGACUCUAUCUCCGCCGAUAAGCUCGUCCGUACAUCCAUGGCUUCCGGCCACCUGAAAGUCUCGGUUUCCGAGAACGAGUCGCUGAUCCGAGGCGUGGAGGAGACGCCUAACGUGAGCUUCAACCACGCGGCGACCGAGUUGACUCGUCGGCCGAGUCACUUCCACUCCAGCUCCGACGAGUCGGUCAGCGACGCUGCGUUGACCCCGCCGCUGCCGUUCUCGACUCAGCCGAGCUGCUACUCGUCGCGUUCGUCUUCGUGUUCGGAAAUCGAAGCCCUGACGAAUUCGAACGAGGAAGACGAAGUCUUGGCCCGGCUCAGAAGCGUCCACGUGUCCGAAAUCGAGGAGGCUCUGACGUGGCUGAGGAAGAUCACACGGACCAGAGAGGACGCCCGGGCCCACCUCUGCAGUCCUCGGCUCCUCUCCGCCUUGAGACCACUCGUCGUUUCCAGGCACGCCAAUAUUCAGGUGAACUCAGUCGCAGUUUUGGUUAACCUGUCGCUGGAAAAGUCAAACAAGAUUAAGAUCGUACGGUCAGGAAUCCUCCCGCCUUUGAUUGAUGUGCUUAAGGCGGGAAUGCCUGAGGCGCAGGAGCACGCCUCCGGUGUGGUCUUUAGCUUGGCGCUGGAUGACGAUUGCAAGACGGCUAUCGGAGUAUUGGGGGCUCUGCCGCCUUUGCUUCACUUGCUGAACUCGGAGGGCGAGCGGACUCGGCACGACUCGGCACUUGCUUUGUACCAUUUGACAUUGGUUCAGAGUAACCGGUCCAAGUUGGUUAAGAUCGGGUCGGUUCCGGUUCUUUUGAGGAUGGUGAAGUCGGGUCACAUGACGGGUCGGGUGUUGCUCACAUUGUGCAACUUGAGUUCGUGUGCGGACGGGCGGGCUGCGAUGUUGGAUUCAGGUGGGGUGGAGUGUUUAGUGGGGGUGUUGAGGGGGAAUGAGUUUGAUUCCCGGUCGACUCAGGAGAGUUGUGUGGCUACAUUGUAUGGGUUGAGUCGUGGGGGUUUGAGGUUUAAGGGGUUGGCGAAGGCGGCCGGGGCGGUGGAGGUGUUGAGGGAGGUGGAGAAGAGUGGGAGUGAAAGAGGGAGGGAGAAGGCGAGGAGAAUGUUGGAGAUGAUGAGAGGGAGGGAGAAGGAGGAAGAGGAGGAAGUGGAUUGGGAGGAGUUGCUUGACUCGGGGUUGGGAAGUCGAACUAGGCUUCAGUCCGGUUGUGGUGCAUUGGGUGGGUCUUGUGUUAAUUCGUCUGAGUUUUGAGUACAUAUUUUUUGAGGUUUUCCUGAGUUUUGUGAUUGUUGUAAUUAUUGAGGUUUUACAAAAGCUAUAUUAUGAUUUUGUGGCUUUUAACCCUUGAUUUCUUUCACCCAAAUUGCAACAAAACUAUGAUUUUUUGAGCAAAAAGAAUGAAUUCAAUAAUGAGAAAAGCUCUACUUCAAUUA